AACGAAGGUUUUUAUUAUUCAGUGCGCAAAUUCUCAGUUUUAUUUCUUCUUCUCAUCUGGGUCAAGCGAAGUCUCAGCGAAGAAUUCGAAACAUGGCAACCAAAGGACAGAAGAAAGCGAAUCUGUUAGAUCACCAUUCAAUCAAGCACAUUCUCGAUGAGUCUGCUUCUGAGGUUAUAACGGGUCGUGGGUAUGUUGAGGAUGUGAAAUUGAGCAAUAUUAGGUUGUUGCUUGGGUCUGUUAUCAUCGUCAUUGCUCUCUUUGCUCAGUUUUACAAGAAGAAAUUUCCGGAGAAUCGCGAUUUCCUUCUUGCUUGCAUUGCCUUGUAUGUAGUCUUCAACUUGGUAUUGCAGCUGAUCAUAUACACUAAGGAGAAGAAUGCCAUUCUGUUUACUUAUCCUCUGACUGGUUCCUUUACCAGUACCGGUUUGGUAGUUUCCUCCAAAUUACCCAGAUUUUCUGACAUGUACACACUUACCAUAGAAAGCGCCGAUCCAAAAUCGGUUUCUGCAAAUGAACCAGUACAUCUUACCAAAAGUGUUACCCAGUGGUUCACUAAGGAUGGAGUCUUGGUCGAGGGCCUCUUCUGGAAGGAAGUUGAAGCUCUAAUUGCUCAAUAUACAAAAGAACCAAAGAAGAGUAAGUGAUAUGGAGUCAUGAACUUAGUUCUGCAAAGAGCUUUUAUGAGGAUAAACAUGUAUUUGGAUGUGGUUUACAUUUCUAUACAUUUUCAACAUUUAGAACGAAAGUGAGUAAAUUAAGCUUUCAGCAACUUUAGAACACAAUUAAUUCCCAUUUUUCAUCCGUUUAUUUUACAGGAAAAGGUUCCUAUAACCAUUUGAUGGUUAUUUUUUUUUUUUUU